GCCUGCAGCCACCGCACGCCGGCAGUCCAGCUCUCGGGUCCCCGCGCAGAUCCCAAGCCCGCGCGCCCACGAACUGGAACACUCACGCGACCCACGAGGUGCCAGGACUGACUCCAGGGGCCACCCGGGCACGUCCCACCCCCCCGCCGGCGGCGAUCCCCUGUCCCUUGUCCGCGACCCCAGGCCCAGGGACACGCUGGGUGGAGGUGGGAUCCCCGGGGACCUGGGCCACCCGGGCCAGGGCGCGACGAUGGAGGAACCGCAGCGCGCGCGCUCGCACACGGUCACCACCACCACCAGCUCCUUCGCCGAGAACUUCUCCACCACCAGCAGCAGCUUCGCCUACGACCGAGAGUUCCUCCGAACGCUGCCGGGACUCCUGAUCGUCGCCGAGAUCGUCUUGGGAUUGCUGGUAUGGACACUCAUCGCUGGAACAGAGUAUUUCCGCGUCCCUGCUUUUGGCUGGGUCAUGUUUGUAGCUGUCUUUUACUGGGUCCUCACCGUCUUCUUCCUCAUCGUCUACAUCACCAUGACCUACACCAGGAUUCCACAGGUGCCCUGGACCACAGUGGGCCUGUGCUUUAACAGCAGUGCGUUUGUCUUGUACCUCUCUGCCGCCAUAGUGGAUGCAUCUUCUGUCUCCCCAGAGAAGGACAGUCACAACUUCAACAGUUGGGCAGCCUCUUCGUUCUUCGCCUUCCUGGUCACCAUCUGCUACGCUGGAAACACAUACUUCAGUUUCAUAGCCUGGCGAUCCAGGACCACACAGUGACUUCGACCCAUUCCAUCAUUGGAAAGAAAAAAAAACGAGAAUCCCACUGUACAAAAAAAGUUGUAGGUAUAAUGUAUAUUUCCACAGAAUUGUAUUUAACUAAUGUUUUUAUAUCUUAGUUAAAUUUGCUCGUAGUGGCUUAUUACAAUUAAACUGGACACUUAUUUGAAAAGUGCUGUAGCUUAGAGUGAAUUCUGAAGUAUCUUGAUGUCUUCAUAGACUUUAUUUUCUUAUACAGUGUAUAAAUAAAUUGCUAAAUGUUAAGAAUGUGUCAAGUG